GCAGCGUCGUUCGCUUGAACUCAUAGCAAGCAUAGAGGUUUGACCGGGAGUGCAGCGUUUUCAAGGACUAGCCUUCGUUGCUCGCACCUCGCUCGCUCGGCAUCGUUUCGCCUGCACAGCGUCUGACGCCACUUUGGAUGUACAUACACCUGACUUUGAUUGUGUGAGAAAUCAAGCCGCCGGCAAGUGGUGGAUUAGCCGUAAUCAGCUGCCGUUAGUGAGUCCCUAGCCGUUCAGCUCGCUAGAACCCUUGCAAGUCUGAAGUUUGCGAAUCCCGCGGACGCUUUACCAUGACGUUGUGCUCGACAAUUAGGCUUCGGACGUGUAUCGUCCCCAUCUUGCUGGCGCUCUGCACAGCUUCUGUGCACUCUCAGUCAGCGCCAAGAAUCAUGGUUGAGCCCAGAGAAGCAAAGGUUGUCAAAAUUGGAGACAAUUUUGAAUUUUUGUGCAAAGCAAACAAGCCAAUUAUGUACUGCAGCAUCAAGUACACCAUCGGGAGCUUGAGCAUUAGAGAAAAUACCAAGAAGGACACCUACGAGUACUUUGGAAAAAAUUUCCAAAACGGCGACUGUGGAGUCAGGUUUUUGGGCGUCACUGAGAAUUUGCAUGGGAACAUCUCUUGCACAGUGGGCAUUGUGGACAAUGAUCUAGAGGGAGUGGGCUACACUAACUUGAUUGUGGCCAUCCCCCCCAACUCAGUUGAACUGAGCAUCGACAAGAAGGAGUACAAGGAAAAAGAGGAAAUUGUAAUGAGCUGCAAAGCCUAUGGAGGUCGUCCUGCGCCAACUGUUACCCUCUACCUUGGCAAUGACACUCUGGCCACAAGCAAGCCUGGCCAGGACGUCGUGAACCACAAUAGGCAGGCUGACUACAAAGACAACAACAAGAAAGUGAUUUGCAAAGCUACUCACAUUGCUUCCUCAAAAGAUGACGCAAAAAUGACCGAGAGGAACUUAAUCAUCCAAUUCAAACCUCAGCCAAUCAACAAUUUGGGAACCAUCAACAAGUUUGGCUUCUUUGAGGGCGUGGAGGGCAUCAUCACCCUGGACAUCUUUUCAAAUCCUAGACCUUCAAAGUUGUCGUGGAAAGUUGAUAACGAAGCCCCUGACUUGGCGCUCUACUACCCUAUGAAUGAAAAGAAUGUUGUACCGAACGAUGAUGGCUCUUAUGCUGCCAAGUUUAGAAUCUACAAAGUGUCGAGAGAGGACGUGGACAAGACAUUUACACUGAUUGCCACCAAUCAAUUUGGUUCGGAGACAUACAAUGUCAAGAUCUCCUUCGAUCCCACUCCAAAGGAAGAGGAAACAUCUCUGGGAGCCGGGUCCAUUGUGGCCAUCAUCGUGGCCGUCCUCAUUGUGUUCGUAGCCAUUGUGCUCACCCUGUUCGCCCGUACAACAGGACGCUGGUGUUUUGCCGCUGGAGUUCCUGCUCAGGGAGAUAAGGAGGCGCUCGAGGACAGUGACACACACGUCAAGGCAGGGUGGUUGCCCACUAUUGGCUCCUCCUACAAGGCCGUGGCCACCACUGAAGAAGCUUCUUCGGUUACCCUGCCGAAAAUCAUUGACCCCCAAAUUAACACCGCGCCGAAGGCCGUGCUUGAAACUAAUAUUGACAUUGAAGAAAGUGGAGGCGUUCUCCAAAGCAGUGACACCGAGAGCGCAGACAAGGUUGCUGCCGUCGGCGCCGGCCAGCAUGCUGGCAUCCGCAUUCGCAACUACCUGAGGGACAAGAUCAACAGCUUCAAGACCUCUUCAAAGGUCCCUACUAGCGAGGAAGAAGCAAAGGAUGCGGAAGCCGCAGAGCAGAAGACGGCCCCUCCAACAGCGUCUGAUGGUGUGGUCUAUGCUGAGCUCGAACUGAGGAAGCCUGGAGACACUCCAGUCAUCCGAGACGAUGGCGAGAAGACCGAAUACGCCCAGAUCGUGAUUCCUGCGCAGAACGCUGCCAAAGUUUAAAGAGACCAACAGAAGAAACAAAAGAUAAAUUUCGGCUUAAUGGAGUGGACUACAAGCCCACAUUAAAAUUGAACUGCAUUUAAUUUUGAAAUAUCUCGAUUAAUUUUGUCUUGCUGAGAAACAAACUGCCUAAAUUCAAGAAAAAAAUGCGCUCUUUAAAAACAUGAAAGACUCUACUCUGUAUUCUGUUGACUGAUUCUCAUGCAGGAAAACAUUAAUUUUUUAUUCAAGCACCUGCCAUUGUUGAAUGGCAAUGAGUAUUUUUUACUUUGUAUUGUAUGCUAUACUUGAUCUCCUCUCGAUUGUAUUGACAUGCUAACAGAAUGAUUAAAAAAGGAAAUUUGGCAGCUCGCGUUAUAGCUUGCUGUGAGAUGCUGCACAUAGGAAAGUCACUAGGCUGCACAUUUUUUUAAAUUGCUGCAUCGGUCAUAGCCUUCAACACUUGACAAAAGACCAAAAUCGCUUUUCAAAAGCCGAUUAAAGAAUGAUUUGUAUUCUACAAUGAAACAAGAAGUACAAUGUGUUUUUGAGAGGAAAUUAAACCUUAUAGGAUUACUGGAUGCGAAUGUUUGAGUAAUAUUCAACUGGCAACUGCUGAUGAUAUUGAACUACAUCCGAUUGGAAUACUAACAUUGUAGAUUUUUUAGGACUCGUGGUAUCAAUGUGACCUGUUUGAGACAUUCUAUUUGCAGAUUAAGCAUUAAAUACAAGAUACAAGUAUAACAAUAUUACGUAGAUAAAUUUAAAGGAAUUAAGACCUUGCAAUAGUUAUUAUGCUUUUAUUUUCAUAAUGAUUUUUAAUUUCUAGGAGACCAGUGACCACACUUAACCAAGAGGUGUUAUCUUAAAUUGUCCCGAUCAAUCUUUUUUAAUUUAUGGGAUUAUGCAAUGGAAAGUGGAUGUGAACUAGCACCUGUUUCAACUUAAUUAUCAGUAAUCCUGACAAGAUGAACUGUAAACUGAUUUGGUUAUUUUUUUAGUUUUUUUUUAUUUUAAGGUAAAUCCACUGUGAAAUAUAAUUGAAAUGAACAAUCAAAUACGCCUUUUGUAAACCGAAACGCAUGUAGGGUCCAACUUAAGUGUUGUGUUUAAACUUAAAUAAUAUAAUUAUGUGUAAACUGAGGGAUGUGCUUUGUGUUAUAAAUGUAAAAGAGGCGCGCUUGACUCGCACCAGAGCAUAACAUCACUCAGUAUGAUCCCUUCUUAAAUAAACACAGCUAUAUUUGUGUCCACUCAAUGUAUCAUAGUGUAAGAAGUUUUCUGAUUGAAAUCGCAUUUUUAUAUUAAUAUCCACAUUAACUUACAGGCAGCGUCAACACACUUAUGUAAUUCAUGACUUUGAGGCAACAUCUAUGACUAAUUUUGAAGCUCUUUCUCUCUGUUUAUUUAUUUUGGACAGAUACGUUGCUUGACUAUUUCUUAAGAAUGUCUAAAAUAAAGCGAAGAGCAAGAA